AUGAACGACUCUUACUACAUUCCUCUCAUUUUAGCUCAAGUUAAGGUUUCUUUUCUUAUCCUUGAACAUAACAUUAUGGCCAAUGUUGUUGCUUCUUGUUUGUUUUUCAUUUUACUUAUUGCAUCAAACCAAGUUCUUGGCACUCAAGGAAGAAAUUUGAUGGUCAUUAGAAAAAGUUUGAAGGGCACGAAAGAAACGUUACCAAAUACUGCAGAUAACAACUUCAAGAACCCUAUGUUGCAGAGGCAAGGAUUUAGGUUUUUACAAGGUUAUGUUGAUUCUUUUAAACCAACUACGCCUGGCCACAGUCCAGGAAUUGGUCAUUCUAAGCAUGACUAA